ACAUGUAGCGUGUCAUCAUCAUUUAUAAAUUUAGUGUACUUGAGUCUCCAAGAAGACACACCUAAACCAUAAGUUCUCAUCUCUAUCCUUCAAGCAGAAUUUAAGGUAGGGCAUGAUAGCUUGAUAUCCUAAUUCAAAUAAUGGAGGAGAAUCCAUGGGGGAAUUGGUCUUACGAUUUGGAAAUGGAAGAAUGUUUGUGUCACACCAACAACACAUUUGAUGAAGAGUUCCUCAGAGAUAUCCUAUAUCAGACACCACAAGAUCAAUUUAGUGUCCCUAUUGCCACAACGGGCCUAUUCAACAACUCAUCCACCAAUGUGUCACACUCAACUCAACAUGCUGAAGAAAAACAAGCCAACUCAUUACCGAUGCCAACAACUUCUAUAUUGUCUCUUGACAAAUCUGUUACAUUGUUACCACCAACUGAACAACACCAUGAUUCUUUGCCUUUGUCGUCAUCAAUGGCUAGCCAAGGGUCGAAUUCAAAGAAGCCUAGAAGCGCUUCUGAGACACUAGAUCACAUAAUGUCAGAGAGGAAUAGGAGACAGCUACUUACAAGGAAGAUCAUAGAACUUUCGGCCUUUAUACCUGGAUUAAAGAAGAUUGAUAAGGUUCAUGUGGUAACGGAAGCUAUCAAUUACGUAAAACAACUUGAAGAACGUGUUAAAGGGCUAGGAGAAGAUAUCAAAAAGAAAGACACAGGGUCAGUGAGCACCAUAACAAGAUCCCAUAUCUUAAUUGACAAAGACACUGCAAUAGAUGAAAUGAAAACUGAAGAAUGUUACGGGCGAAAUGAAUCACUUGUAGAGGUUGAAGCUAGGGUUCUAGGGAAUGAAGUGUUAAUCAAGAUUCAUUGUGGCAUGCAAGAGGGGAUUGUGGUCAAUAUAAUGUCCCAGCUUCAGCUUCUUCAUCUCUCCGUAACAACUACCAAUGUCUUGCCAUUUGGAAAUACUCUUGACAUCGCCAUUAUUGCUCAGAUGGGUAAUAAAUACAACUUGACAGUGAAGGAUCUAGUGAAAAAACUAAGAGAAGUGGCUAUGUUGCAAGCAUGUGAUGAUGUGCAAAAAUGAAGAGUCCUUGAGUUUGAAAACAAACAACGGCAUUAAUUAGUACAUGGUCUUUGAGAAGUUUCAACUAAGGCCAUUGCUAAUCAGUUCUACCCUUGUAUAGGAUAUGAUCGAUGAAAAUCAUUAAAGUGUGGUUGGAUUUGGAGUAUUAGUUUAUUUCUUGCUUUGUUGUAAUAUGUUUCAUUGUAUUGGACGAAUAUCGUCAGAUUAAAUAAUAAAUAGUUUUUUAAAGAUUUUAAAAGUAGUUUAACAUUACAAAAUUUUGUAUACGGAUGCAGGAUAAGGAUCCACCCAUUUUUGGCAGUGGAUUCUCCUUUCCUUUGUUCCCAUGGACGACGGAGCCAAGGCCUCUGUCAACUUCAAAUACAAAAGGUUGGGAACAACGUUUUGAAAGAGAUUCUAAUGAUGGAGUUCGUGGCUAGAACAAU